AUGGGCGGCAGCGGCGACAAGAGGGAGCGGCGGCGGGGGAGGAGGCGGCGGCUGCGGCGCCCUGCGGCUGCACUCGCCGGCGGUUCCCCCCGGCGGCUCAUCCGCGGAGGCGGCCCCGCAGCGCGGCCCGCCGGCGUGGGCUGCGCCGCGGACGCGGGGCUCCCGGCGCGCUGGCCCCUGGGUGCCCGGCCCUCCUCUCUCCAGCGUCCCGCACACGGCACAGACCGUGUCCCACAGCCCGGGGGCUCAGCGCGCUGGUGCCGGAGGGAGCAGGCGCGGCAGGCGCUGCCCGGCGGUGCCGGUCGCUCCUCUCCCCGCGGGGACCCGGCCGGGCCGAGGCCGCACCGCUGGCCCGAGGGCUCCUCGGGAACUCCCCAAGCUCCUGUCCACGGCGGGGGCCCCGCGGCUGCCCGGAUCCAGGCCCGAGCCCGAGUCCGGCUGGCCCCGCGCCUGCCCCGCCGUGGGUGCCCGCAUCCAACUGGACAGUCACCGGUGUCCCAGAGGAGCUUGCUGAAGUACAUUAUAAUGACAAAGGUGCUACAAUACAUAUUUCAAAUCAAAGAAAAGGGAUGCUGCUCUGGGGUAAUGGUCUCCUGCUGGGCUAAGACAGUAUCCUCUUUCUUGGAGGUAGAAAUCCAGGGCCUGCCAGAAGACACCCUUUCAGCCCUGACACAAGUUAUCUGCCAGCCCCAAAUGCUGAGCUGUCAUCAGAAGAGGUGGAGGGUUCUGCACAUGGCAGAUAGCUGCAGCUACUGUUCACAGGAAAGACACCCAGACCUAACAAGGAGGAUUGAAGGAGAUGAGAUCUGUACUCAGAAGCAGCCAGAAGCCUGCCCAUUACACUUAAUGGGGGAAGAUCACCCACACUGCACAGACGUGCAGUGAGCUUUGGGAGGGAGGAGGCAGUUCAGCACAGUGUACCAUGGAUGCCCUUGCAUUGUGGGGGAAGGCACAGGCAAUUGGAUUUAACCAGCUGUGUGGAAUUUGAUUUGAUUAGCUUUGGCACAGUUUCACAUACUCUCAAUUCAUCAGUGAAUGGAGUAACUAUAUUGGAAAGCUACUGGGGAAAAACAACAUUGCCCCUGAUGCUACUGUCACAGGCAGAUAGAGCACAAUCCCAUACAGGCUCACUCUGUGUUUUCCUCUCUUCAUUGUCUCCCUAGUUAGUUUUUUUGUGCCAGUGUGUGUCUUCCUGUAUCAGGACUGGCUGCCUUUUCUUGGUCUGAGAUCUUGGCAUGUAAAGAGCAGUAAUUACUCCAUGACUUGACUAUGAGCAAGGGUGGGAGUGCCCCCUCUUGAACAAUAAAACCCCUUGUAGAGAAAAGCCUAACUAAACAAAACAAAAUGUGUAAAACCAGGCAGUGGUGCCACAAAGCACUUUGCUAGCUAGAGAGUCUAUAUGGAGUAUGAAUAAGAGCCUACUGUGUUUUAGUCUGUCCUGUCUGUGAAAGAUCCCAUUCUAUAAAGGGGUACAUGUUAGUCUCUUCUUAUUUCACACAAGUCUAGGCAAAUACAACUCUUUAAUUUCAAUGAAGCUGUGCCUAAUCUCCACCAAGAAUGAGAACUGAACCAGGCCCAGCAUUUUGGGACAGCAUGUCCAUACAAAGCCAUUUUCUCUCAGAUUCAUCUUGAGAAAAUAACAUCCCCUACUUUUACCAACUGUCAGUAUCUUGUAAUUUUGAGUAUCAGUUGUGGCAGCUCACAGUUAAAAACAUUUUUGUGUAGUAUGAGCUUACAAGUCCUGUAAUCUGAACUAAUAAAGGGUAAAAAUGCAAGUGAUUGAAGUGUUUUGAAACAUGGUUCACCAGAAGACCAUGUGUCUAUCAUGUGUCAGGCUGAGCUCUCUGUAUGAAGAAUAUGAGGGAAAUUUAUUGCUUUAUCUUACAGCUCCCCAGAAGAUCAUCCCAUUAAAGUAGAAUAAAAAAAAGUGUUUUGUUUGAAGGAUAGAUCUGAAGAAAAGUUACAGGUUUCAGAGACAGGGAAUCAAGCUAAAUGGUGAGCUGUACAGAUGAAUCUCAAGAAUUAUUCCUGUGAAACACAUUCUCAAGCUUAGUUCCUCUAUGUAUUAACAUCUGUCUUGAGUGAAAAUAGACUUUCAUCAGUUAAUUUUCAAAUCAAGAGGUGAAAUUAAAAAGUGAGAAAAUUCUCGGUAUGAAAAUUAAAUUGAAGCAUCUAAGUUUUCAAUAGAAAAGUGUCCAGGCAUGAGCGUUUUUGAUUUUUUGCAGGGUACUACAAUUGUGAAUACCUGUAGGAACUCAAUUGGAACUACAGAGAGGCCAAAAACCCCCAUGUAUAUGUCUAGAAAAUACAGAAAAUGGAAACAUGGAUCUUAAAGGUUAAGAACCAAAAAUUAAUGUACUUAACGAAUGAUCAACAGAAAUGUAAUUUUGAGUAUGUACUUCUUACAGAUUUUGUUCAACUUCCUCAGGUCCUAUGUGGGAUUAGGCAGGACAUUUUCCUUUGAAAAACAAUGCAAGAGUGAAAACUAUACAUGAAAAAAGACCCAAAGCUUUUCUUGUGAAUUCUGUCCUACCAUCAGUGGUCAUUGAUAUCAAUGUUCUUGGAGUAGAAAGGCUACAAAAUCAAUAAAAGUAAUAAAAACAUUA